CCCUAUCUCCGUCGUUGAUAAAUGCAGCAGAGAUCUUCGACUUCGAGUUCGUUUCGAGCAACAACUGACGAUCAUUGUAGCAUAAUCUUCAGCCCGGCACAAGAGCCACAAGGAAGAUGCUCUCCAGAAAUAAGAUCAAUGGACGAUUCCAGCGGCAGCAUUCUUCCAGUUUCCGAUCCUUCGUGUCGGAAGCGAGAUCACAAUUCGCGAUACAAAUUCUCGGAGAGGUGGAUUCAUUUGAUUCCUUUGAUUCUGCUCCUCGUCCUCUUCAUUCUCUGGUGGUCAUCUUAUCCAGUGAAUUUGGUGAUCAAGGAUGGAGGAAUUAAAGCAGUUUAUGCAAGUGAGUUUCCGGAGGCGCCGAAGUACAUUGAUCAUGUCGAACUUGCCAUUUUAAGAGGUGCCGGAAUGCAGAUUGCUUCGAGUCCUCUGAAUCUAACCAGCGUUGGCACUCGAGAUCUAUGGACACCGGGUAAGAUCAAAUGAGAAAUGAAUUUUAUCAUUUAGAAAUCCAAUAAUAAUUUCACUGAAAAUCGAGUAGCUAGGAACUUUGUUGAUAGAGAUGAGGGGGUGACAACUGACGAAGCUAUCCUCAUAUGAUGCAUUGGCGUCAGGUUUACUCAUACAAUAUAUACUUAGAAGAAAAGAGAAUAUAAUAGCAAUUCAAAGAAAAUAUUGUUGGAUCAUG